UUAACCUUUUUAACCUUAAAAUUUUUGUUUUCAUUCAACAAAAAUCAACCGCUUUCAAGACAUGAGGUUAUAAGUUAUAAAUGAAAAAUUCAUCUCUUUCCUCUAAUUUGAAUUACAUUUAAUUGUUGACAAUGGCGGCCUAUGACUUUGAAAUAAUUAUUGGUACAUAUGAAGAAUUCCUUCUUGGUUAUCUCUGCUCUGUAAAGGAUAAAGAAGUCAAGCAAAGUUUUGCCUCACAUGAUCAUUCUAGCAGCAUACGGACCAUCGAUCAUUGUGGACAAUAUGUAGCUUCUGGAGGAGCCGAUGAUAGAAUAAUAAUUUACGACUUCAAUACUCGAAAAGAAUGCCAUAUGUUAGUUCACCAUGUAGCAACCGUAAAUUGUUUAUCAUUCACAGAUAAACACACACAUUUGAUAAGUGGGAGUUCAGAUGGUGUUUUAGCAAUCAUCAGAGUUGGCAAUUGGCAAAUUGAGAAAAAAUGGGAUAAGGCACAUAAAGGUUUAGCAAUUUAUGAUGUGGCUAUUCAUCCCUCAGGAAAACUGGCAUUAACAAUUGGUGCAGAUUCUACUCUAAGAACAUGGAACUUAGUAAAAGGAAGGCAGGCGUAUGCUAUAAACCUUAUGACUAAAAGUAAAGAUGCCAAAUCAUUAGAGAAAAUUGUUUGGUCACCUGAAGGAACUUAUUUCAUCUUAUAUGGUGGCAAACACACAGAAAUUUGGAAUAUAGAGGAAGGAGGACUAUUCAAAUCUAUUGAUUAUGACAAGAAAGUCACGUCUUGCAUAUGGCUAAAGUCUGACAAAAUAUUAGUUGGACACGAAAACGGGGAUCUAACUAUUGUGAAAUUAGAUGACUGCUCUAAAGCUUCUAUACAAGGCCACGAUUCUAGGAUAAAAUCACUAGGAAAGUUUGGUAAAUGGAUUGUUUCGAUUUCAAGUAACGGAGAAUUCAAAAUUUGGAAUUCGAAAUUAAAAGAAAUACUCAAAGAGAACACAGGUUGCAGGCCAACCUGCUUGAGUAUUAUCCCGACAUUGAAAGUAAAAGAAGAGGAGUCAUCUGAUGAAGAAAUUAAGGAGGAACCAGAAAUAUUCAAUGUUAAUAAGAGAGCAAAAAUAAUAAUCGAAGAAGAUGACGAUGUCAAAAACGAAGAAGUGGUACCUAAGAAAAAAAAGAAAAAUAGAAAAAAGAGUAAAAUUCCUGUUGAUUGAUUUUGUCUGUUAAUUAUAUUUUUUUGUUAUUUGUAACAAUUUUGUGAAUAUAAAUGUUUCAUCACAAGAUGUAUUAAAAUACUACUUGAA